AUGCAGCUAAUGCUGAUUCGUUUUGGCAGCAAAAGUCGAGGUUUUGUGUCCAGUGAGUAUAGGGGCGUUCCGCUCUCCUGUCUCUUUGUGAUGGCGGGGGAGCAAGGGCGUCCGCGUGUGUACUCUCUGGAGGAGAGCAGUCACAGUGACACAGUCGCAGAGAGGCCAGCGCAGCUGCGCAGGUCCCCGCGGUUGGCAGCGCCGGCGCUUCCGAGGCAGGGGGUGUCAGAGAGCCAGGGAUCAGAGAGGAAAAGAGUCCCUAGCCCUAAAGCCUCGUCCAAGGUUUUCAAAAAGCCUGGUCCUCCCAGCCAGAAAUCCUCUGGGCAGCAUGGGGCCGUGAAGUCGCCACAGCAGAGAGAUUCUCCAAAAAAGGGGUCACCCAGGCAAACACCCCCGCAGAAAGCAUCCCCCAGAAGGAAAAACAAGGUGGAGAACAGUCUGAUCAGCGCAGGCAAGCGGACAGGUGGUAGGAAGCGGCAGGGCAGAAGGGGUUCCGGAAAUGAAAGCGAGGACUCAAUCAAAAGUUCGGAAGUGGAUAGAUUUAUUGGAAGGAUGCCGGCGCAGCCGCUGGAUGCCCCCAGCAGCGAGAGCGAACUAGAGGGGGCCCUGUCAUGGCCAGUCCCUGUGGGUAUCCCGAUCCCAGGACCUGAGAGGGUGGUGGUGUCCGUCCCUGACUUCCCCAGUCUCCACAACAUGUGCCUCAAGCCCGGUCCUGGUGUGGAGCCGAUUGGAUUGGGAAACGAAGAAGUUGCGUUUGUCCCCCGGAGGGGUGCGGUGGAAGGGGCUCCGCAGGGGGGGCAGGCCGGGGUGCCUGAAGUUGAGGCUGGGGCCCCUGCGCCAAUGGUUGGGACUCCCAAGCGGCCAGUCACGUACACGUUGGACAGGAAGUUCCCCAAAAACGCUUCUCCUAAGUGCGACAGUUGCCGGAAAAGCAAAGCGUCCUUCGACACCUGCAGCAGGCGGGGCCACCCGCUGGCCUUCUUCGUCCUUGCCCCCUCCCAUGAGAGAGCACGCUUCUUGGAGGUCUUUGGCAAGCACUUUGAGAAUGGGUUCUUCCCAUCACAGGAGCCCCUGACCGUGAUGAGGGCGAACGCAGUGGGGGAGGCUCCGAGCGGACGAGACGCCUCGGAUGAGGACCCCGACGCUGCCGAUGUGUCUGGUUCAGACAGGGGUUCAGAGUCGGAUGCAGAGUCGAAAGAUUGGGUGUCCAAUUCAGACAGCGAGUGGGCCGCCCAACACCCCAGCCAGAUUGAGAGGGAUCGAGCCAGGCGUUAUGCAGAGCGGCGGCGCAGGCGCACCUUGCGACACUCCCAGGCAGCGGAUCCGCCAGUCCAACCCCACAACGCUGAGAGUAACCCUGCAGGCGAGUUUAGUGAUGAUGCCGGUGGUUUUCAUCCUGAGGAAGAGGGGCCAGCGGCUAAGGAACAGGGGCAAGGGGGCCUCCACGAAAGCAAUCAUGCGGCCGGUGGGGAGGAGAUUGUAGGACCAGAUGUGCUGGUGCAAGCGCCAAGGUGGGCGCAUGCGCACAUCGUCGCCUCCUAUGACGGCGAGCGUCCGGAUAUAGGCCGCAGGAGCCAGCUGCUGUUGCAUCGGAAGGCUUCAGAUGACAGCGAGUCGGCCAGUGACUGGGGCCCUGAUGGCGACACGUCGUCCGAUGAGGAGCGGGCUGGGGAGCAGGCAGGGGUCCAGGAAGGCGGGCGGGAAACAGAGGCGAGAUCUCAGAACGUCCCCGAGGGACUGCAAAGCCAGGAGGCGGCGGUUACGGACGGGGUGGACCUAGACGAGGUAGUCCCGGAGACGGAGGAGGAGGAGCCUCGACCUGCUGAAAGUGGCGGUGAAAGAGUUGCUGGGCCUCUGGGGGAGGCGCCUGCAGACUUGCCAGUUGCAAACGGGCAGCCACUGGAGGGCGCGGAAGCUGAUUCAGAGGCCACUCAAGAUGCCGUUCCAGGGGAUCGGUAUGGUCCGUUGAGGUCGCCGGUGCGCGCGCCACGAGCAGGCACUGUGCCUGCUGCCAAUGGCAACGGCCACGGAGGAAGCUUACCAGCACAGUCCUCAGAAGGAACGGAGUCGGACGAGCGACCGCGGUGGAGGAAUAUCAUGAGAGCACCGCGUGGGGACGAUCUGGAGGAGGAGCCUUCAGCUGGGGAAAAGAGGUCCCAGCAGAGUGCAAAACCAGGCGGAUCGAACGGCCCUGCUGAGGUGAGAGGUGCCCCCAGUUUAUUUGCCCCUGAGCAGGUGGGAAACGAGAACCAGGGGCGGGGGAUGGCGGCGCUAGUUGGGCCUGACAGCACAACAGUGGACGAAGGGGCGCAAGGACCUGCGCACUUGGAGGGGGAGCCAGCAGUUGACAGCCCUGGGGUGGCUGCAGGGAACAGGGGUGCUGGCUGGAGGGGUAGAAGGGUGGUUCAUCAGUCAAGGCCUGUCAGCCCAGUUGCGGCCGCAAAGCCCUCAGUAGAGCAAGGCCGGGAGAAUGAUGAAGAGGGGGCGUCCUCUGGUGGGUCGGAAGAGAUCCAUGGAAGGAGAGGGAGCGACCGCAGGCAAUUUGGGAAAGUGGAAAGAGUUCGAGGGAAAGCGCGGGCUGGCGGAGGAAACCGGGUUGGGCAGGACGCCGUACUGGAAAAAGCUGCGGCGGCAGGCGAAAGGGAGGGCGGUGCUUUGAAAGAGGGAGCCUCAGACAGCGGCGAAGAGUUUGGGGAAAGGGUUUCAGACGGAGGAGGAGAAGGGCAGCCGAGAGAAGAGGACCAAGAGGUGACAGGGGCGGGACACCUUGAGGAGGGCAGGGAGAAGGAGAAGGAGCCACCUGGAGGAAACUCAGCCGAGCAGAGGUCAAGCGAAGAGAAGUCUGGGGACGAAGAGGAGUCGGCUGCAGAGGGUCAGCCGGGCCGCAGCGCGCGUGUUGAAGUCCCGGGUGCGGCUGCGGGGCAGCAUGCGGAAGUGGGGGCAACACCGGGGGUACUUGCCAGACAGGAACCAAGUACUCCCUUUCACGCGGAAGAAGACUCGGAACGGGUGCCUGACAGUGAAAUAGAGUCCGAAAGGAGGCGUGCGCAGGCUGCUGGUGGGUUCUCUGAGAGUGAGGGGGGGAGUGAGGAGGUGCACUGUGGAACUCAAAUUCCGGUGGCCAAGCGGGAGGCAGGCAGCGGGUCGAGUGAGGCGUCGGAGAACGAGGAGUCGGAGAGUACAGUGCAGGAGCCACACGGAAAGGGGCUGACGCUUGCAAGAUCAGAGGCCAGAAACGAUGCCGCUACUGAGGAUUUAGCGAACGACUCGGAAGGAUCAUCGGAAGAGAGCAGCGAAGAGGAGUCUGAAGACGAAGAUGAGCCAGCUGCCGGAACAAAGACAGAGAGGCGGAGGGACGGGCUGCCAGGGGCAGCGAAAGAGCGGGAUGCGCAGCAAAAGACGGCUCACCAGACGGACUCUGAAGAGUCAGAGGAGGGAUGCAAUAGCGACUCAGAGUCGAUUGGACGGGGAGAGGUCCCUGCUGAGGCACCUGUGAAGAGGAGCGAGGCAGCGGGUCGCGCUGGGGGGUUGGGGGCUGGGGCGGAAGCACGAGGGGAGAUGCAGAAGGCUGCGGACCAGUCAACUUCGGAUGAAGAAUACUCGUCUGACGACUCGGAGGGUGACGCGCCCCCUGCGCCAAAGGCGGAGGCUCAGGAAGGGGUACCGCAGGCGGGGAGUCGGGGCCUUCCUGAGGAGUCCAGCUCGGAUGAGGAGUCGGACGAUGGGGAAGACUCUUCUGACGAGGAGCUUAACGACCGGCCUUUGAAGCGGCCACGGCUAGAAUCGACGUUGAAUAGCGCACCAUCGGGGCCGCAGGCACCUGCUCCGGGGGGGCGGGGAAGCGGCGAGGUCCAAAGGGCCCCGCCAGCCAGCAGCAGCUCUGGUUCCGGGGAGUCGGGAUCGUCAGAAGGGGCCGGCUCGGAUCGCAGCCCGGAAGGAGAGUCGGUGUCUCAGCCGGCUGGCGCAAAAGAUGGACCAACUGAGGAGGACGGGGAUGAUUCGGAGAGCAGUUCAGAGGAGAGCAGUUCAGAGGAGUUGAGUGAGGGAAGUGGGCCUGCGGAGGGCCCCGAAACGGGGCGGGCUGAUGCGAACGCUGCCCAAGUACAGGAAAGCGAACAUGCACCGGAAGAAUAUGAGAGUUCAGAGUCCGUGUCGGAGUCCUCGGGGGACAGCAGCGAGCAGAACGAACGGACGGCGCCUGCAGACGCCCCGCGUAGAGUAGAGCACGCAACGGAAGAGGGUUCGGGUUCGGAGUCAGAGUCAGAGUCAGAGUCAGAGUCAGAGUCAGAGUCAGAGUCAGAGUCAGAGUCGGGCAGUUCGGAGCAGACGGGCGAAAUUGCGCGCGCACGCAGUGUGCCUAGGACGGAUGCAAAGUUAGUGGAUACGGCAGAGGGGCCUGCAUCGAAGGGGGAAGCGGAUUCAGAUGUAUCAAGCUCGGAGUCCGGAUCCGAGUCGUCAGAAGGGGAUAGUUCAAUGCAAGGCGAGGGAGCUGCGGGUGAGCGCCGUCAGUCUGAUGCGCGAAGCGCGCCCGCAGCCAGUCAGGCGGUUGCGGCUGCAGGGAAAAUCUCGGAGUCGGAGUCAGAGUCAGAUUCGUCGGAAGAAGAAAUUUCGGAGCAAACCGGGGCGAAAGCGGUUGGGAGUCGGUCGGCAGCCGGGGAUGCUGCGGGGAAGAGGCAGGUUGAGGCCAGCAGAAUAGAGGGGUCAGACUCAGACUCGGAGUACGAGUCCUUUGAUGAGGGAAUUGGUUCGAAAGGAGAGGAGCGGGGUGCAGAGCGUGCCAGCAACACUCCUGAGGACAAAGAGAAGCCCUCAAUUGAUAGCUCAGACGAGUCAGAGUCCUCGGAGGAUGACGAGCCUGUGCAGGGUGCGGUGGUUAAGGAAGCGGGGCAAGGGAACGAGAGCGAGGAGAAUAGUCGGGGAUCAGAUUCAGUCUCGUCAGAGAGCGGUGAGUCUGCGGAGAGAGGCGGCAAGGUGGCUGCGAGUAGGCCCUCAACGAGAACCGAGCCGCCAGUGUCCUCUGAAUCAUCUGAGUCGUCAGAAGAGAGUUCAAAGUCUCCGGCAGCUGGCGACCUGAUUGGCGCGCGUUCUGGUUCCGAAGCAGCGCCAGCGGAUUCUUCGGCAAGCCAGCAUUCUGAGGGCCGAGCAGAUAGUUCGGGGCCAAGGCAAACGACGGCAGUGGUAGAGAAAGCGGCUGAGAGCUCGAGCUCCAGCGAUGGUUCUGAAUUUUCUUCUGACGAGGAUGCGGUGGAGAAGGUUGGAAGCGGGCAAGGGGCAGCCGCUGGGAAGGCAGAAACGCAGAGUUCGGGAGAGUCUUCGGAGGAGAGUUCGGGAAGCGAAGAGUCUGCGGGAGGUGGGGAGCAGCCAGCGGCUCCCAAAAGUGGUGCAACGAGCCAGGCGGCGUCGGGUGGAAGUUCAGACGAGGAGACUUCAGAUUCGGAGAGUGAAGAGUCCGCACCGGCAGCAGCAGAAGCCAGGGAGACACGAGGAAGGGCCCCUGCGGCGACUGAUGGGAGCUCGGACGAGGACGAGUCGGAUUCGGACAGCGGGGGUUCUGCAGGAGUGAAGCCAGCAGCAGGAGCGAAGGAGACCAGCGCAAAGGGCGGUGCAGCUGCUGGAGAAAGCUCGGAUGAGGAGUCUGAGUCGGACGAAGAGGUGUCGGACGACCAGCAGCAAGUCGCUGUUCGCGAGAAGGUGCCAGCAGGCGGGACAGCGGCGUCGGGCGGCGCAUUGGAGGAGCGGGCGGAUCCUGGUUCAGUGUCAAGGGAGCAGGUGCAGAUCAAGCAGAGCAGCGACUCCGUGGAUCGGGACGAGAGCUCGGCAGGGGGGUCCGGGGAGGAGUCGGAAGAGGAGUCGGAUGAAGCAUCGGAGGAAGAAUUGCAGGAAAGGUCAGGGAAGUCGAAGGAAGGGCCAGAAGAAGCCUUGGAGAAAAAGUCAGUGGAGGACUCGGGAGAGGAGUUGGAGGAAGAAUCAGAGGCGGUCAGCGAGAAUAAGGUAGUUGCAGCAGCAGAAGGGGAGAGUGUGAGUUCCGAUGGAGGGUCCGAAAGCGAGGAGUCUGAUCAAGAACGGGAGGCUGACUCCACUCGAGCGGCGGAGACUGGACGGACGGGCCAAGGUGGGACGAGGGGCGUGGCGAAGGUGGCAGAAGGUGGUUCCAGCAGUGAAAGUUCUGACGAGGAAAGUUCAGAGGAGGAGUCGGACAGCGAGCGUGUGCCGUCGAGCAAGGGAACCGAUAGCGGGAAGGCAGAUGCGGGCAAGAGUGCAGCUGCAAGGGACGUCAAAGUUACCGAACAAACGGAUUCUUCAGAAGACGAGUCGUCGGACCCUGAGGAGGACAGCGAACCAUCAGACCGGGCUGCGGAGAACGACCCUGCGAAUGUGAAGGAGACUCCGAUAAGGCGUGCAGGCAGCAGCGAAGAGGGGGGGCCAAGGGAAGGGCCUGACAAUAAGUCAACGACUGAGUCAAGCUCAGGGGAGGACGAGUCCGAAAUCGAAAGCGGAAGCGACGGGGAGCAGGAAGCCGCUGCCACAAAAAAAGGAGAGCCGCAGGUUUCUGCAAACGGCGGCGUAACGGGCCACGUGGCUGGCAAGAAGAGGGCCAGAGAAGCGACCCCAGACAGCAGUUCGGAGGAGACUUCAGAGUCAGAGUCGGACGAGGGUGAGCGAACCGAAGGGAGGGGAACAGGGCCAGUUUGGGGGGCGGGCAUUGCCAAAACGGACGGAGAGAAGGGGGUGGUGGGGAAUCAGAGAGCCCCCGAAAAGGCUCCUGCUGCACGCAAAGGAUCUGAGGGCUCGGAAGAAGAGGCGUCAAGCUCGGACGAAAGCUCUUCAGACUCUGAAACGGAGGCGCCAGCUCUCAAGUCGAUCGGCAAGCAGAACGGGGGGCCGAAGCCGUCCCCGAACGGGAGGCUUGCCAAAGGACUCAACGGAAGGGGCAAAGGCGGAGGCGACUCAGAUGGCGACCAAAAGGGGCCUGUAGUGGAGCACUCAAGGCCCGCCAAGGCGAAUGGGGAUAACAACAAGGCCCCAAAAGCGGCCACCGCAGGGCCGGAAGAGUCUCCGCAAGUGCCCGGCGAGCCCCCCCUGCCGAGCUUCAACCUGCUAAUGCUUACAAAGAGCCUUUCCCCUGACGCGAGCGCGGAGGACAGCUUCCACGCGCUGCUGGCCCAGCUGUGGGCGGCCAGCCUGGAGGACGGGCCGGCGCUCGCGCUGCGCAUCCCCCCCGUCGACACGGCGGGGCUGGUCCGGCAGCCGAUCCGGCGCUUUGCGGCCCUGACUCCGUACGUGAACAACUUCCGGGUGUGGGUGCUACUGGAGGCGUGGGAGACCAUCCGGGUGGAGUACGCGCACGCCAAAAAGGGGACCGCCAACCCGCUGAAGGCGCCCAGUUCCUCGUCCCUGCUGGACGUGUCCGGCGUGAGCCAGCCGGGCGACGGCUUCUCGUACCUGGAGCUCACUUCCCGCCUGCACGACAGCAGCAACCUGCCCGAGAAAGACGAGGUCGUGUUACUGGAGGAGGUCCGGUUCGUGGACGACUCCCAGCCCGGCUUUCAAGGCGCGGCGGGGCACUGGGAGCGGGGGGGCAAGACGGUGCUGGCGUUUGCCCACUAUGGCUUGCGGAAGGGCACGCUCAAGGUGCGGGGCGCGUACAGGCCGGCAACCAAGGCGGUGUGCGUGCUGCGCGUGUGUUCCCUGACCACCCUGGCCCGCUCCUGGACUGCGCUCUACGAGAUGGGCGCCAAAGCCUACUACCCGCUCAUUCUGGACCCCCAGCGAUGGGCCCCUGGCGCGCACGGCGCAAGCCUGGCCCCCGAGCAGAGAGCCCAGCACCAGCCGCGCGUGACGGACGACUUUUUCUGGUCGCGCCGGGACGGCCCCAUCUGGCUGCACUUUUUGCGGACGUGGCACGAGAAGGGCCUCGUCAACGACGACCAGGUCGAGGCCAUGGCCGUCGGGCUGCUGCCGCAGGAGCGGCUCACGCUCAUACAGGGCCCCCCGGGCACUGGCAAGACGUCCACGAUUGUCGCCCUGGUGUCGGCCAUUCUGGUGGCCACCCCGACUGCGCGCAUCCUGCUGUGCGCGCCCUCCAACGGCGCAGUCGACGAGUGCACGCGCCGGCUGCUGGGGGGCAACAUGAUCGACAAGGAGGGCAAACGGUACGCCCCCGAGCUGCACCACAUUCUGCGCGUGGGGCCCCCCGCCCAGGUGCACCCCGCGUGCCAGAAGGUGACCAUGGACGCGCAGAUGGACACGCGGCGCGGCAGCGCCAACUACCGCGACAUGGGGCCCCGUGCGGCAGAGGAGCAGAUGCACGCCGACAUGCUGACGUGCGCCAAGGUGGUGUGCGCCACGCUCAGCGGCAGCGGCAUGGACCUGCUCACCGCCAAGAUGCGCCCCUUCACAGUCGUCAUCGUCGACGAGGCGGCGCAGGCGGUGGAGCCGGAGGCGCUGAUUGCUUUGAACCGGCUGGCGGACGGCGGACGCAUGAUCCUGGUCGGGGAUCCCUGCCAGCUGCCUGCUACCGUGAUACAGCACCCCCAGGCCCCGUACGAGGUCAGCCUCUUUGAGCGGCUGCAGGCGGCCGGCUCGCGGUGCACUCUGCUGACCACGCAGUACCGCAUGCACCCCGCCAUCCGCACCUUCCCCAACGACCACUUCUAUGCGGGAAGGCUCCAAGACGCUGACCCCGUAAUCGCCCGGCCCCUCGUUGUUGGGGACAGCAUGAGCCCGGAUUGUACCCCCCGGGACCUGCUUCGAGUCUACUCGGGCGACGUCCAGUUCAACCUCAGUCCGUACCGCUUUCUGGACGUCCGGUGGAGCUCCGAGCAGAACGGCGGCGGGGGCUCGACCCAGAAUAACCUCGAAGCGUCGGUGGUUGCCGCGGUGGUUAGCGGGCUGGUCAAGGGGCUAACCGCGGGCGUGCCCGUGCGUGGCGAAGGCGGGCUGAUCGAGAUGCGGCGCUUUAACCCGGGAGACGCGACCCGGGGCAGUGGGGCGCCAUUUUCGGUGGGGGUGAUCACGCCUUACUCUGCGCAGAAGCAGCUGAUCUGCGCCCGGCUGUCCCGGAAGGGGGUGCCCCGAGAGGCGUACGAAGUGAACACGGUGGACGGGUUUCAGGGCCGCGAAAUGGACGCGAUUGUGCUGUCGACCGUGCGGGCGGCUCGUGGGGGUACGUCGGGCCCGGGGGGCACGAUCGGGUUCGUGUCGGACCGGCGGCGUAUGAACGUGGCGCUGACGCGCGCGCGGCACUGCCUGCUGAUCGUGGGCGACUCGCAGACGCUGGCGGCGCGCAGCGACGACUGGCGGGCGUUGAUCGAGGAUGCCAAGGCGCGGAAGUGCUUUGAGGAGAUUGAGAAGGACGGGAAGAGCCCGCGGAAAGGGGGGGUGCCGGGACAGGGCCUGGGGGGAGGGGAUCGGUCCGGUGGUAAAGAGAAGGACGGCGGGGCUGGUGUGAAACGCAAGUUGGAUCUGAGUGGUGGAGACCCGGAUGCGGGCGCCCAAGGAGGAGGGAAGAGGAGGAGACUUGGGGGCAAAGGAAAUGAAGGUGGUUCAGGGACUAAUGCCGCAGACAGCGAGGAGGUGGGCAAUAAUUGGGGCGAGAAGACGCUGGGUAGGACGGGGCCAGAAGGCACCAGUGACUCCCCAGAAGCUCCAAGGAAGAAGGAGAAGAAAAAGUCAGUGAAGGAACAGAAAAGAGGCGUUACGGGUGGGGAAGACGGCAGUGUUGCAGCGAAACGAGGGGGCGAAGCGGAGACGCAGGCUAGGCAGGGGCGCAAAAAAGAGAGGGGGGGCGACGGGGCAGAUAAGCUGACGGGCAAGCAGACCGCGGGUGAAGACGUUAAGCCGGGAGAAAGUAAGAUGGCGACAGUGGGGAUGAAGAAGACCAAGGAGAAGAAGCAGGCCGGGUUGGGUCACCCAGCCGAAGUCGAGGAUGAAAAGCCGAAGGGAAAAGGUGCGAAGGAAGUGGCCUUAGAGGGGGGACGCUCCCCUGCGCCAGCUGCCGAGUCGAAGAAAGGCGAGGACGCAGAAACGGCGACCGCCAGAAGUGAGAAGAAGCGGACGAAGAAGGCGAGUGGGGAGACUGCCGGAAAAGCGGACGAGCCUAUACCGUCUGGGGAACCGGUGAAGGCCGGCGUGGAAAUAGCGCCUGCUGCUGCAAAGGAGGCAGUGCCGACGGCUUCGUCGCAUGCUAACAGGCCCUUGACUCCGAAGUCAGACACUGCCGACAAAAGCGGCAAGAAAAGGAAACGCGACCGAGAAGGGGUGGGGUUGCUUAAUGGGGACGGGUCGUUAUGCGGCGGUGCUGAAGAGAACGGAAAGCAGGAAGGGGAGGCUGCAGACGUUGUGGCUGAAGAGCGUUCGAAGAAGCGUCCGAGAAAGAAGAAGGAGCGGCCUACUUCCGAACGCCCUGCGGAAGGCUUGCAGGAAUGGCCCGCUGGCAAGGGAGGGGGCGGCGAGGACGGCCGGAAGAAACAAGAGGGAAAGGAACAGGCGAGUACGGGCACAACGCCGAACAGAAAAAAGGGGGAAACCGGACUGACGGAGGCUUCCGACUUGCUGACGGACCAGGGUGAGGAUGCGGCCCAUUCUGCCGCGGGGGGGAAGAACGACGGGGGCAGUAGACCCCCCGGAAGUGCGCUUGUUUCCGGAGGCCCAAGGGGCGGUGUCGCGCGGAAAAGAGGGCCUCAGCCGCGGCCGAUUCUGAAACGUAAAUCCUUGGUGAGCAAGAAGGGGUGGAAGGUCGGGAAGAAGGUGCGGCUCGCCAAGCACGUCCACUUCCAGGAUCCGAAGCAUCUGGUGCAGGUGCGGUACAUACCGCGACUGACGAAGGAGGUGGAAAAAGGCGGAAAGGAGGGACCGGGGAAGCCGGCAGGACGGAAAAGGGAGCUGACGUUCCAGACAUUUGUCGACUUGAAGAAGAAGGCACGGGAGCGGUGGGUCGGAAAGGCCGCGCCGGCCGAUGGGCGCCUGUUGAAAGCCGGGCAGAACAGAUCCGCGGCCAAAAAAGUAGAAGGGGACUUGCAGGCAUAUGCGGAGGGGUCAGCAGCGAACGUGGCGGGCAGAGAUCCGGAGCGAGACGUGUUGAAGAAAGGAGGCUUAGGAUAUGCAGUUAGGAACGGAGUAAAUGCAAGAGGAACCCGCAAGGGAGCUUUGCCGUUGGUGGCAGUCUCACCCAAGAAGCACUAGGCUCGGAAGAUGCAGGUAGGGAUCAGCUAGGGAUUAGAGCUUGCUGCGUAAUCAGGGCACAUGCAACUCCUCCAUGCAGUAGUGAUAGUCGAUCCUUAUUAGUGCAAAGCUUUAGUUGAUUGUAUUCUGCUCUGAUCCGUCAGUUAAAACGUCGAUUUAUGCCGUUAAUGUGCUGGUUGCAAGGAUUGCAAGUGGUUGUAACAGCUUUCACUGAAAGCAGUCUGCAAAAAUGUUGUCGGGC